CUUAGACUGCUCCUGCUUUGCAUUUCACGCUCCAUAGACCGCGCCUUGCUCCGUGUCUUGAAUCUUGAUUCCUCUGCCCCCGUCAGCCUUUAACUGUCCGGGUUCCUCGAUUGCCCCUUAGUCCCACUUGCUGUUUCCUGCUUUCGUGCGCACCCAGGCUCUCUCGACCUUUCUUCGAGUUCAUCUGUCCUUCACGCCGCCUACGUUGCGACGCGCCUCCAGUUGCUUUCUGCUACGUUCCGCCCACGAUAUCUGACGCGCUCUUUGCCCGUGCGAUCACCACAACCUAUCGUUUAUUGCCCACAUAAUGUUUGCACGCGCCCCCCAACCAUCGUGCGUGACGCGGAACCCGUUCAUCGUGCUCCGUUUCGUCCUCUUCGCUAUCCUAGUCUACGUUAAUCUGCUCACCAUUGGCUUCGCGGUGUGGAACCUGACGGUCCUGAAGGGUCUGGGUGACCAAGCGCUUGGCGCCCCCGGAUUCGUGCUGUUCAACGCAUGCAUCCUGCUCACUCUCCUGGGGAUGUGCCUUAUUUCGGCGUGGUAUUCCCUCGCUGCAUUCGACAAGGUCCGCAACGAGUGUGUAUGGACCGGGUCUAUGUCGGUGCUGCAACUCGCGAGCUCGAUGGACAUCACCGUUAGCGGACCCCCAACCCUCUGCUCGGGAGUCAGUAUUCUGGCGUGUGCAUCGUCCUCGCUUACGGUGGCGCUUUCGUGGGUGUCUAGCACCAUGUUGCUGCUGUACUCCUUCUCGCUGCUGACCACCGCCAUCUCGCACAUGCACGAGGUCCCGGACGUAUGGACCGCUUCGGUCCGCACCGUCGCCUGGUUCGCCGUCCCCUCCGACUCCGUCGAGUCCCCCCGGUCGUACACCGAGAAGCCUCGCCUCUCCGACGACGUCUUCGUCGAGGACACCAAGCGCUCCUCCCUCCACUUCCCCACGCCCAUCUUCGAGCGGCACGCGAAGGCGCUCCCGCUCUCGCCGCAGUCCGAGCGUGCACCCGAGUCGCCCGCCGCGGCGCCCCCGAUCUGGCACGCGCGCCGCCGCAGCUCCGUGCCCUCGCUCGACCUCCCGCCCCCGCCCUCGAAGCGCACGACAUGGACGAGCCGCAUGUUCAGCGGCGUGCCCUCCCUCUCGCACAAGUGCAGCAUGGAGAGCGUCCGCCCUAGCUGGGCGAAGACCGGUGGCGCAGCGGGCCGCCGCGGGGUCGACCACCCGUUCGCGAUGCCGCGCCCCGGCGGGCCCGCGCUGAAGCCGCUCGUGCUGCCGACGAUCCGGCCGCUGCGCACGAUGAAGCUCAAGUCGUGCUGGAGCGCCUCGACCGGCGGCGGCGAGUCGCACCCGCCCCCUGCGCUCCCGCCCAAGGCGCGCGCGCGGCUCUCUGGGGUGGACCCGGCGACGGGGCUGUCCCCGACGAGCACGUUCUACAUCGACCUCGAGCGCGACGCGGUUGUGUCGGUGGGCGCGCCGUCGCUGGGGCGCCCGCCGUCGCUGGGGCGCCCACUGUCGUACGACAUGUUCCCCGAGGACGUCGUCGACCCGGACGCGCCGAUCACGCGCUCGCAGCCGUCGACGUGGAUCCGCGCGCAUAGCCCUGCGUCGUCGACGUCCGCGUCGCGCUGAGCUUUACUUUCAACUUUUGGACCCCUUCAGCUGCGCUGCAUGCAGCGCGCGAGGGCGGACGCUGUGCCGUUCCGUUGAGACGCUGUGCCGCGCACGCCUUCCCCUUGCUUUGCACUCGCAUCGCCAGCCGAUUUCUCCCCCGCUUUUCUUGGACUGUAUUUGUUUUCGGGCUGGACUUGGCUGGACUGUAGUAUAGAGCACACACACACUGUAUCGAGUAGUAUUACCGACGAUUCUGUAGCGAUUCCGAGAACGCUGUAUCGUUGACAUUGUACAUAGCACUUAAUUGUAUCCAAGACAUCGGGCGCG